UUAACUGAUUCUGCUAAAUUGUACUAUAAGUACUUGAUAUUCAACCAUCCCGCCGAUUAGUUACUUGGUACUAAUUCGGGUGGUUACAUCGUUUGCCCACGUGUGUAGGACUACCGGUUCAAAAUAGUGAUAAAAAGGAUGCAGAGCAUUGUGCUGUAUCUGCUGGGCUCGGUCCUCUGUGUCGUGCUAUCGAACCCGGUAGAUCUAGUCCAACCUGCAGAUUCCGAAGAGGCUCCUCGAGUGGAAUUGGAAGAAUACCGUUUGAGUGAUGACAUCUGGCCGUCGCAUUAUGACAUUGAAUUGACUCCAUAUUUCGAAGACGAGGCUGGCCAUGUGGCGUUCACAUUCGAUGGUAUUGCUGUCGUCAGGCUGAGGCCGUCCAAGGCCGGGGUAACUAAGAUAGCCCUGCAUGUAGCUGGAAUCACAAUCAGCUCCUUGUUUUUGAAAGAAGCUUCCGACAGUACAGAUGUACCUAUUGGCACUACUACGUAUAACAAUGACACCGAAAUACUCACAAUUCCAGUAGAUACAGCCCUUUCGGCAGCAAUUGAUUAUUUGUUGAUUGUUAACUACGUAGGUGUUUUGGGUGAUGAUAUGCGGGGAUUCUAUAGAAGCUAUUACAAAGUGAAUGGUACGAAGGUUUGGAUGGCAUCAACUCAGUUCCAGACUACGUCAGCAAGACGAGCAUUUCCUUGCUUCGAUGAGCCUAAAUUUAAAGCUACGUUCCAGGUGAAAAUUAAUCGUCCUGAAAAUUAUCGAUCCUUUUCGAAUACUGCACCAAAAUCGCACAGUCCUAUCGGUAACGGUCGCAUUCAAGACGAGUUUGAAAAAACGCCGAUAAUGUCAACUUAUCUAGUUGCAUUUAUCGUGGCCGAUUACAUAGUGAAUGAGAAGGAUGGUAUGGGUAUUUUAGCACGUCCCGAGGCAUUCAAUCAAACUGACUACAGUUUACAAGUUGGAAUUGAUUUGUUGGCAGCAUUAGAAUCGUGGAUCUCCUACCCGUACAGCUCUGUUCCUGAGAUGACUCGAAUGUAUAUGGCAGCGAUUCCAGAUUUUUCAGCUGGCGCAAUGGAAAACUGGGGUUUGCUGACUUAUCGCGAGACAAAUAUUCUCUACCGGAGUGAUGACUCGACUAGCCUGCAACAACAACGAAUCGCGGCCGUCUUAGCACAUGAGAUAGCUCACCAAUGGUUUGGAGAUCUGGUAACGUGUGAGUGGUGGGAUGUUACGUGGUUGAACGAAGGAUUUGCACGAUAUUUCCAAUUCUUUGGAACGGCUUUGGUCGAAAAGAACUGGGAUUUGCCAUACCAGUUCGUCGUUGAACAGCUACAGGGUGUCAUGCAGAUGGAUAGUUUGGAAUCAACGCAUCCCAUGACGCAUAACGUUUACACUCAGGCUCAGGUUAGCAAUAUUUUUGAUAGUAUAUCGUACAACAAGGGGGCCGUUACCUUGAGAAUGGUUGAACAUAUUUUAAAUACGACAACCUUUAAAAACGCUCUCGGAGAAUAUAUAAAAGAGCGAGCGUACAAAACUAGUAGACCUGAAAAUCUAUUUGCAGCACUUAAUGAGCAUGGAGACGCGACAAUUGGUAGUUUCAUGGAACCUUGGACAGUUCAAGCUGGCUACCCACUGGUAACUGUAACCGAAACUGCAGAAGGAUUUUCUAUUACGCAGAAGAGAUUCUUUCAAAAUGGAAUGAAUCACGAGGACAAAACAUUAUGGCCUAUUCCCGUAACGUAUGCCACAAAAGCAGAAGACUUUGCCAAUACGAAACCAAUGAUUGUUGAUACUGUAGAGUAUAAUAUUACGAUCAGCAAUCCAGAUCAACUGUCGUACUUCAUUCUCAAUAAUCAGCAAGUCGGAUACUAUCGCGUAAACUAUGAUUCUAGCAAUUGGAAUAAAAUAAGCAAAGCUCUCCAAUCAGAAAAUUUCGGAGGCAUCCACGUUCUCAACAGAGCACAGAUUGUUGACGAUUUGUUCAACUUAGCUCGUGCAGGAGAAAUUAAGUAUGAUUCCGCACUUGAGAUCCUAAAUUAUCUAUUGAACGAAACGGAGUAUCCGCCAUGGUUAGCAGCGGUAAAUGGGUUGACAACAUUAUCUCGUAGAAUUCAUCUUGAUGAUGAAGCAUUAUUUGCGCAAUACAUCGUACUACUGUUUAGUAAGGUAUACAGUUUGGUGAAGUUCGAGGCUCCUAGUGCAAAUGAAAGGCGACUAUUGACCUACCUUAGAACCAACGUUCUCCAGUGGACUUGUAACUAUGGAUACAAAGUAUGCAAAGAGGCUGCAUUCGACGAAUUUGAACGAUUCUACGCCAACCCUGCCGAAAAAGUUCACCCUGAUAUUCGACAAAUAGUCUACUGUGAAGGCAUUCGUCAGGGUUCAAACGAACAUUUCGAUUUUCUAUGGAAUCAAUAUCUUACCACCAACAUGGCGACAGACCAGAUUAUAAUUCUACAAGGUCUUGGUUGUGCCCGAGAUAAGGAGCAAAUUUACAAAUUGAUGGAUGCAAUUAGUUCAGAUGAUAUCAGGCCGCAGGAUAAGAGCAGCGCUUUUUCAUAUCUACUGGCAAACCAAUAUACUAUUGAUCAUCUGUCCGAGUAUCUUCGAUCCUAUUAUGCACGAUGGGCUAUUGCGCACGGCUCGUACAUAAAUGUGGCUUCGGCAUUCAACAGUCUGCUGGCUCGCAUGAAAACUGAUGAACAGGUGCAGAGGAUUCAAACUUUCGCUGCCAGAAACGAAAAAGUGUUUGGUGAAACUGCCUACAAAUCCAUUCUGCAAGGGAUAGCGGAUUACAAUACCAACAAGGAAUUUAUCGAAAAAAAUCGUGAAGCCAUAGGCAAUUUCCUGGAGUUGAAAACAUCUGGUGCUAGUAUGAUAACCGUGAGCUUGAUUGCAUUCAUUUGCGUUGUGAUAGCUAUGUUGCAGUGAGAACUCAUAGUUGAUAAUUCACCUUCCUAUUAUAUCCAACAUCAUAUGCUGGAGUCCUGAUUUCAAUAGACUAAAAUAAAAUUAUUUGACUAAAA